UAUAAACCAAUGGACUACUGUCAGUACAAUGUUGCAUUGACAUUUAAUAGUGACAAACUCUCAUUGCUUGGACCUUAUAUUUUAAUUGAGAACACAUCUUCCAAGCAGACCCUAUUAUACAAAACUUUAUUCGACCGGGACAAAUGUAUAAAUUAUGUGUGGUAACAUUACCGUGUAGCUGUAGAAUCCAGAAUGGUGAUAGGGAUGAACUGAUAGCUCCAUUUUGUAAUGCUGAUGUAUUCCAGUUUAUCGAACAUGUAAGUGUUCGAACACCAUUCGUCAUCAAGUAUCAACAGAUGAUGCCAAAAGAGAAUGGAGAGGAUUUGAAGGACAGAGAGUUACCACCCCUGCCAGAGGUCAUGUCCCAAGCUAGUGAGUUUAACAGAGAUAUGGAUGACGUAGUUCGAUCCCUUAUCAUUGACGGAAAAUGGGAAUCCGAUACUGACAUUGAUUUAGCUUUUGAACAACACUGGAUUAUAGAAAUUUUCCAAGUUAUCUUCAUUGUUAUUGCUCUGAUUCUGGGACUGUAUGUGCUAAGAAAGGAAAAGAUUCACGAAAAACUCUUCAUUCGUCUCAGGAAUGUAUUCUUAAGAAUACCUGGACAAGAGAAAGCCAAAAAGGAUGAACCAAACCAAGGACUGGAAUGA